GACAAAUUAUGCCGGUUACAAGAUGGAACAGGAUCAAACUCUGUCCACUCCGAACCAUCUUCUCCUGCCAACUCAUCUCUUUCUCCAGAGUCUGCAGUGGUCUCAGGACUCUCUGGCAACAAGAUGAAACACCUGCUCGCAUCCUGCAGGACUUGCAGACCGAGGACGCGGAGGAAGCCGAGGUCUCCGUCAUUGAGAGAGGCUGCACUCAUCGCUCGGAGUGUGGGUCUCGACCUCGGUGCACCAGGAGACAAAAUAUCCUCGGUUGAUGAUCGUAUCUUCAGUAACGAGAUGAUAGCCGACUGGUUCCCUCAGCUGACAUCGAUGUCUCGGGAUCUGGACGUGGUGAGCGCCAGAGUAGCCUGGGAGCCCCUCCUAGGGUCGGGACCCUGGUACCUAGUCACCUGGGGGCCCGAGGACGGGGGCCUCAGUGGAAACCUGCUCACCAACACCUCGGACCAUCUCACUGUCCCUAGGAUCCGAUACUCUUUACCACGUACAGAUAUCUGUGACCAGUACUGGACAGACCAGCCAGUGUCUACUGGUAGAUACGCACUCGGCCCUCGCCCCAAGGCUGAUGUCCCCCCUCUCAGGGGCGGAGGGUGUGGCGGGGGCGGUGGGGGCAGCUAUAUUGGUGUUCCUCCUGGCUAUCUUGCUGCUAGCCGGGCGGAACCGCUCUCCAGCCAAAGACAAUGA